UUUCCUUUUAAUUAAUAAUCCCCACGCGCCUUCUUCUUUUUGUCAUUUUGAAAUAGGCCUUGCAGACAAUCCUCCUUCGUUCCCAUCUACAUUUCAGCCUUCUUUCUCUCUUUCUCCUUCGCCUGCCUCGAUUCUCGUGCACGUGCAGUUGCAGAAACAUAAUGCCAGAAAUUCAGCUGGGUAUGCAUACUAUCAGAUCACAUGGAACUAGAGUGGCAAGGAUACAUAUGCAUGACUGGUUGAUUCUUUUGCUUCUUGUGAUCAUCGAUGCUGUCUUGAAUAUAAUAGAGCCAUUUCACCGUUUCGUUGGAGAGGGGAUGAUGACUGACCUUAGAUACCCUUUGAAAGGAAAUACUAUUCCCUUUUGGGCUGUUCCGAUAGUAGCCAUAUUGUUACCACUGGCCGUUUUUCUCGUUUAUUAUUUCAUUCGAAAGGAUGUCUAUGACUUCCACCAUGCUAUAUUGGGCCUUCUAUUUUCUGUACUCAUUACUGCGGUGAUAACUGAUGCUAUCAAGGAUGGUGUUGGACGGCCGAGGCCAGAUUUCUUCUGGCGUUGUUUCCCUGAUGGAAAAGGGGUGUUUGAUCCAGUAACAAGUGAUGUUCGCUGUACUGGAGAUAAGGGUGUUAUUAAGGAAGGACACAAAAGUUUCCCCAGCGGACAUACCUCUUGGUCCUUUGCUGGUCUUGUUUAUCUUUCUUGGUAUCUAUCCGGCAAAAUUAGGGUAUUUGACCGCAGGGGCCAUGUUGCAAAGCUCUGUCUCGUUUUCUUACCGAUCCUCGUGGCAGCUAUGAUUGCUGUCUCCCGUGUUGAUGAUUAUUGGCAUCAUUGGCAAGAUGUUUUUGCUGGAGGUCUUAUAGGGACGACAAUUGCUUCCUUUUGUUACUUACAAUUCUAUCCACCUCCUUACGACCUAGAUGGUUGGGGACCUCACGCAUAUUUCCAAAUGUUGGCUGAAUCUCGUAAUGGUUCUCAGCCCUCUACCGUGAAUAAUGAGAUUCAUCAUGUGCAAUCUUCUGAGCUUCAAGCUGUAUCUGUGUAUAUUCCACCUCAACAUGAUGCUGAUACACGAGUCAACAGCUGGGAUUCAAGCCCCAUGUUAGGAGCAUCUCAAAAUGUAAGAACACAUUGACUGCCGUAGACAUAGGAAACAUCACCGACAUGUCCAUAAUCUGUAAAAAUUAUAGGCUUCGUGAGUUUCAGUUGCAGAUAAACCAUUUUAGAUAAGAUGGUUGUUAGAUUGAAAAUUUGGGAUGUGAUGUUAGUUCUCUUUUAAUUUCCCGAGAUUGAAGUAUACACUAUACGGUGCUUUGCAAUGUGACGAAAGGGAGCAAAAUAAUAGAACUUCUAGAACUCCUCUACUGAAAAUGGUCGAGAAAAUUUAAUAUAUUUUUUGAGGAAGUUAUCUUACUUUUUGUAA